AUGAAACGUAUAUAUAAAUCUGGGGCCGCAAAAAAGGCAGAAAGAAAUAAAAAAGCAUUAUUAGCGAUCCAAUCAUCACCACAUCAAAAAAAAAUAAGUUUUCCUAUUCUGGAACAAGUGCAGCGUGUUGAGAUUGCUGCGAAUAGUACGAAAAAUACUAAAACUGAUGAAAAGCCUGAACAUACUAAUACUAAAACUGAUGAAAUGCCUGAACAUACUAGUAUGGAUAACAAUGGUUUUAAUGAAAACAAUGCAGAUAACAUGAAUGAAAAUUCUAAUAUCAUAAAUUUUAUUCGCCCUUCAAGAAAUGAUUCCAUUGCUAUUAAAAAUAAUUUCUUCUCUAAGCAUCCAAUACAACCUAUGACUACUAAAGGUAAACUUAAUUUUAAAAGAAUUUAUUAUAAAGAGUUGCCAAAUGGCGAAGUGAUUCAAAGAAAAUGGAUAUCUUACUGUAUAGAAACAAAUUGUUUAUAUUGUUCUAAUUGUAUGGCUUAUGGAAAGCCAGUUAAUGUUGGAGAAAAAGAAUCAAAGUUCAUAAGUGGGUAUGAAUCUGAUAUUAAAUUACAAAAAUGCCUUUAUCGUGAUAUAGUGAGACAUGAAAAUUCAAUAUUCCAUCAGAAUUCAUCAUGUACUGCAGUCCGUUUUCAAUUAAAUAAAGAUAUUGAGUGUAUUAUAAAUCGUGAUGUCAUGGCAAAAAGGUCUCAAGAAGUACAUAAUCGAAGACAAGUGCUUGAACGACUUAUAGAUAUUGUUAUUUUUAUUGGUCGUCAAGGCAUCCCAUAUCGAGGUAAACAUGAAGCAGCAAAUUCUUUAAAAAAUAUUGAAGUAAACCAUGGUAAUUUUUUAGAACUAGUCUUGUUAAUUUCCAAAUAUGAUACUAUUUUAAAUCAACAUGUUAAAAUGUCAAUAACUCUUAGUGAAAAAGCUAAGUCUAAAAAAGGUCGUGGAUCUUUGAUUACAUUCAUGUCCAAAAAUUUUAUAAAUAAUAACAUAAUUAUACCAAUUGGAGCAGCAAUUCAAGGUACAAUUGUUAAAGAAAUCAAAGAGUGUAUUAAGUUUAGUAUAAUGAUUGAUAGCACUCAGGAUGUAAGUGUUAUGGAUCAAUUAGCAAUAUGUGUCCGGUAUAUUUUCAACGGUGUUGUGCAAGAACGUUUAUUAAGUUUGGUUGUUUGCCAUAACUCUAGUGGUAUUGGCCUUUUUAACUUAUUAAAGGAAGAAAUAAAAAAACUAGGAUUAAUGUUAAAUGAUAUUGUUGCAUGUUCAUUUGACGGAGCUGCCAAUAUGAAAGGUAUUUAUAAUGGUUUACAGGCCCAUUUAAAAAGUGUAAAUCCAAACAUUGUGUACACACACUGUAUGGGGCAUGUAUUAAAUUUGGUAAUGAGUGAAUGUAGUACUGAUAUUAAUUUGGCUGAAGACUUAUUUGGAUUAGUAGAGCAAUCCGCUGUUUUUUUAUCAGAUUCCCACAAACGAAUGGAAACUUGGACCUCUAUAACUAGUGUAAGACAUACUGGUCAUGAUAAACUGUAUAGACUCCAAAAAAUCGGUGCAACUAGGUGGUGGAGUAAAGAUAAAGCUUUAUCUUCAGUUAUGGAUUUACAACUGAACAUAGUUGAAAUUGAUGAAGAAGUCGAUAAUGCCAAAUUUACCACUUUAUUAACAUUUUUAACCACAGUUUGUCAUGGCAAUUUCAAUUCACAAUCUAAGUUCAUUGCUAAAUCAUUGAUUAAUACUAUUCAAAAUAGUAUUGAGACACGAUUCAUGAAAAAUGAAAAUUUAUUAAAAGACUUGAAUUGGUUGGACCCUAGAAGUUUUGCAGUAAUUAACAACAUUGAAUUAUUGCAUGUAUCAGCUUUGAGUACUUUAAGUAAAAUAUCCGGACUAAAUCAUGAAAUAAUCUUAACAGAAUUGAAACAAUUUUCCAAUCAAUAUGAAAACUUCAUACCACAAAUACCUAAAUAUACUACCGAUUGUGAUUCAGAAAAUAAGUUACUUUUAAGAAAUGAAGAUGCGAGUGAUGAAGAUAAUGAUGAAAUAUCAAAAUGA